UCACUUACUGAACCCUCCUCCAUUUCUCUUUGACCCAUUGGUCUAUAGCAUUAUAUUCUCUCUUUCCCUUGUUUUUUGUUUCACUUCAUCUCUCUCUUACUUUAUCAAUAGUGUUUUAAACUCCAGUUUGCUUCUCCUUUUUGCUCAUAAUUUCAUCUCUGAUCUCUUCUUUUUCUUUGCUCCUUUAGCCCUUUUUUCCUACCCUCAAAUUGUUGCAGUCUCGUCCAUCUGAAACAAUUUGCUAAAUAUUAUUAUCAAUAUGUUCCUUCUCUAAAUGGAGAAACAAAUACAACCCUUUUUCGGUGUCUCUCUAGUUUGAUUGUUUCUUUCUUUCAAUCUCUUUGUUAUUUUAUUCAGUUAUCUGUUAUGGAAGCCAUGCAGAAUCUUGCAUUUCAUCAUUGCUUGAGCUAUCAUCGUCACCCAUAUACCUGAAGUUCGAAAAAAAGGCUUUGAAACUGUUCUCCCUCCUUAAUUAUCUAUCUAGGUUCUGUGAGGUAAUCCUGAUCGGGUUAUUUAGAAGAAACAAGUGAAACCCUAAAAGAUUGAGGACAUCAUCAGCAAAAUAAUGGACUUGGUUUCCCCACAAAGCAAUCCAAAUAACUUUCCGAGUCCGAUUGUAGGCUCAAACCCCAUAGCAAACAUCACUGCAACGCCUGCUUCUAGCACUGCAACUCCACCCACUCCGAGUCGGUAUGAGAACCAGAAGCGCAGGGAUUGGAACACUUUCUGUCAGUACCUGAGAAACCAUAGGCCUCCAUUGUCGCUUUCAAUGUGUAGUGGCGCUCAUGUUCUGGAGUUUCUUAGGUACCUAGAUCAAUUUGGGAAGACCAAGGUUCAUAACCAGACAUGUCCUUUCUUUGGCCUCCCAAACCCACCGGCUCCCUGCCCAUGCCCUCUGAGACAAGCCUGGGGUAGCCUCGAUGCACUCAUUGGUCGACUCCGAGCUGCUUAUGAAGAACAUGGGGGCAGACCAGAAGGGAACCCUUUUGGAGCUCGAGCUGUGAGGAUUUUCUUAAGGGAAGUCAGGGAUUUCCAGGCCAAAGCUAGAGGUGUCAGCUAUGAGAAGAAAAGAAAGAGGCCUAAGCAAAAGAUGGCACCACCACCAGCACCACAACAACCACCUCCACCACCAGCACCACCAAUACUUGCCGAUGCAACUGCUGCAAGGAGUACUAUAUAAUUGGAAGAAGCAUAGGGUCAAUUUGCAAUCAACAUAUUGUCUGGAUGAUAAGGUUUUUAUGGGUUUUGAUUGUAUAAGGUAAUUUUUUUCUACUUUUUAUAUUUCCAUGGCUUAUUUGAUAAUGUUAUACACAAUAUUAUAUAUAUUAAUGUAAUGAUAUCUAUGUUGCUUUAAUAUAUAAA